UAUUCCAUUGGAAUAACAACAAUCGUUCGACUCGAACCACAAACAUCUUCGACAACCCUAAUUCCUGUGGCUGUUCAUCAGAUUCUCUAGGGUUUUAAUUUGGUGUUUCCGCGAUGGAUUUGACGCAACCACAGUCGAAUCUCUCUCUAGGGUUUUCAUCACAUGCAUCGCCACCCCACCGUACCCAAAUCUCCGACGACUCCAUCACCCUCCAGCUCGACUCCAGCCUCCGCGACGCCACGCCCACCCACCAACCGCUCCCACCCUUUCCCCUCCAGUUGCUCGAACCCCAAACGCCCACCGAGAAGCCCGCUGAAAACGGCUCCUUUUUAGACGCAGAAUCGGCCGACGACGAUGGCGUCGAGGAAAUCCGCCUUCUCGGUCACUCCAUGUGCCUCAAGCGCCGCCGAGACAGGGAAUCGUCGUCCUCGUCGAUUUCGGCGCCGAGUUCGUAUUCAAAGAGGGCGGUCUCUGUCGAACCCGACCUUGAGGCGCGGCGGAGUGCGGUGCGGUCGUGGGGCGACGCGGCUCUGCGCGUGGCGGACCCCGAUGUGUUCGAGAUAAUGGAGAAGGAGAAAGAGAGGCAAUUCAAAGGGAUCGAAUUGAUUGCUUCCGAGAAUUUCGUUUGCCGGGCCGUAAUGGAAGCGCUCGGAAGCCACUUGACCAACAAAUACUCGGAAGGAAUGCCCGGCGCGCGAUACUACGGCGGGAACCAAUACAUCGACGAGAUAGAAACGCUGUGUUGCGAGCGCGCAUUGGAGGCGUUCGGGCUUGAUUCGGAUAAUUGGGGCGUGAAUGUGCAGCCUUAUUCGUGCACGUCUGCGAAUUUCGCUGUAUACACGGGGUUGUUGCUUCCUGGGGAUCGGAUAAUGGGGUUGGAUACGCCGUCCGGAGGGAAUACGAGUCAUGGGUACUACACGCCCAACGGGAGGAAGGUUUCUGGGGCGUCGAUUUUCUUUGAGAGUCUGCCGUAUAAGGUAAACCCGCAAACGGGGUAUAUCGAUUUCGAUAAGCUUGAGGAGAGGGCGCUGGAUUUUCGUCCCAAGAUAUUGAUUUGUGGGGGGAGCUCGUAUCCUCGGGAAUGGGAUUAUGCGAGGUUUAGGCAGAUUGCGGAUAAGUGUGGCGCAGUACUCCUGUGUGAUAUGGCUCAAAUAAGCGGCAUUGUUGCGGCUAAGGAAUGUGUUAACCCCUUUGACUACUGUGACAUUGUGACCUCGACAACUCAUAAAAGUCUUCGAGGUCCUAGGGGAGGUAUAAUUUUCUAUAGAAAGGGUUCAAAGCCAAGGAAGAGAGGAAUGCUCUUGAGUCAAGGAGACGAAAGUGACCAAUAUGAUUUUGAGGAAAGGAUAAACUUUGCUGUGUUUCCAUCAUUGCAAGGUGGACCACACAAUAAUCAUAUCGCUGCUCUCGCCAUAGCCUUAAAACAGGUUGCUACAUCUGAGUACAAGACAUAUAUGCAACAGGUGAAGAAAAAUGCUCGGGCUCUAGCGUCUGCUUUAUUGAGAAGAAAAUGCAGGUUGGUUACAGGUGGCACAGACAACCAUUUGUUACUUUGGGAUCUAAGGCCUUUUGGAUUAACAGGUAAAAAUUAUGAGAAAGUCUGCGAGAUGUGUCACAUAACUCUCAAUAAAAUUGCCAUUUUCGGUGACAAUGGAACCAUCACUCCUGGAGGAGUAAGGAUUGGUACCCCUGCUAUGACAACUAGAGGUUGUCUAGAGAGUGAUUUUGAGACAAUGGCUGAAUUCCUUCUUAGAGCUGCACAGAUUGCUAGUGCAGUGCAGCGAGAGCAUGGGAAGUUGCAAAAGACUUUUCUGAAGGGUCUCCAAAGUAACAAGGACAUUGUUGAGCUCCGGACCAGAGUCGAAACUUUUGCCACACAGUUUGCAAUGCCAGGUUUUGACAUUUGAAUGGGGUUCUGGAGUUGCAGCAUAUCAUAUGAAGGGUCACCAACAUACCAGGUGACAUUUGAAGCGGCUCUUGAACUACUACAUCCUUUUCCUUUUAUACCUGACAGGCCUCUGCUACUCAUGGUAACUGGCACGUCCUCUGAUUGCCCUUGUGCUCUGGGAUGGCACCUCUGCAAUUAUUUUGACAAAGGUUUAUGCCGUCGCCAGCCUUUUGCCAACUAAAGUGUCACUGGGUCGGAUUUGGCUUAGGUACUGUAAAAAAAAAAAAAAACUACAGUAAAUAUGCUGUAAUUUUUUUAACGGUCUAGAUUUACUUUCAAGUUCUUUAUUAGAAAGAGAGAAAUUAAAUACAGACCGUCGAAAAAACUACAACAUAUGUGCUGUAGUUUUUGUAAAGCACCUUAGCCACAUCCCUGUCAUGGUUGGUUCAGAGAUUUUGCCGUUGUUGAGGAUUAUUUUGAUAGUUAAUGCUUCUUGCUGUUUUGAUAAAAUGGUAGCUCCAAACAUCUGAGCCAUGAAUGAGCAUGGUGCCUGCUGUCAAAACAGAGAUCAAAUUUUGGUGGAGAGCCUGCAGGAUACUCUCUGAACUUAUUAUGUGUAAAUUGAAGCCCCAAAUUCUUUUCACUGUUGUUUGAUACAGCCUGCUGCGCAAUGUUGGGUCAAUAAUUCUUUGAUCCCCUUUACAUUGUCGUAUUAUUUUGCUAAAUAAUCUCAUUGAUGUACUUCAUACU